CACAAAUUAAAUAGCAAAUCCAUCAUUAAUUAAUUAAUCACAACUCACAAGAAUGCAAGAGACGCGUCCAGAUGAGGAGGAGGUGAUCAUCCUUGCCGCCAGCCACCCCAAGCGACGCGCCGGCAGGAAGAAAUUCAAGGAGACGCGCCACCCGGUGUACCGCGGCGUUCGCCUCAGGAACUCCAACAAGUGGGUAUGCGAGCUGCGGGAGCCUCGCCACCAGAAGCGGGUCUGGCUCGGGACUUACCCCACGCCGGAGAUGGCCGCCAGAGCCCAUGACCUAGCCGCAUUAGCCCUCAGGGGCUCCGCCGCCUGCCUCAACUUCGCCGAUUCCCUCUGGCGCCUCCAUGUCCCCCUGUCCAAGGACGCCAAGGACCUCCGGAAGGCAGCCGCCGCCGCCGCUGAGGCGUUCCGGCCGCAGGAGAAUUUUGUGGAGAAGGACGAGACGGAGUUCUUGGGGAUAUUCGAGCUGUCAGGCGUGGCGGGGCUGGCGGAGGCGGUUCUAAUGUCGCCGCCGCCGUUGUUGGGGUGGCGAUUCAGCUGGGAUGAGGUGGAGAUAGAUGCUCAGGUGGACUUGGAGUUAUGGAGUUAUUAAAUUAGUAAUUACGAGUAUAUGGGUUUUAGUUUUGAGUUAAUAAUCCAUUUGUUUAUAUUUAGUGUGGCAACUAAUUAUAAAUGGCCAUUUCGGUGUUUUUUUGUUAGAAUAUGUUAGAAUAUACGAGCAAAUAAAUUAAGAGGAUAUCAUGAGAUUUAUUUCCAUAUAGAGUGUGUAUAUUUUUAGGUGUAUAUUAUGUAUUUCUUGCUCCCUACUUCAUCCCCCUCUAUAAAGGGUGAUCAUUGUAAACGUUAUAAUUCAUUCAAUACAAUUGAUACAUUCUUUCCAAUACAAUUAAA